UGCAAAUUCGUGUCCUGCAGCACCUUGAGCUCUGUCGGUGAAACUGCGCCCCCAUGGCCGCCACAGAGCCUCAAGAACCCGGAGCCGGAUGUGAGGUUUGAAAUACAACAGCUCCAGGACCGCGUUGGAUGCCUGGCUAAUACAGAGAUGAGCGAGAACGUGAAGUUGUUUGUGGGGAACCUUCCUUUAGAUGCAACUCAUGACGAACUAAACAAGCUUUUUGCUCCAUAUGGGGAGAUCAACACCUGCUCCUUGCUCAGACAGUAUGCCUUCGUCACCCUGAAGGGAGAGGGGGCAGCAGACAGGGCCAUACGGCAUCUUGAUGGCAAAGAGUACAGAGGCAGACCCCUGGUGGUCGAGGAAUCUCGUGCACGCCCACCAAAUUCCACCAAAGUGUUUGUGGGAAACCUCAGUGCAACGUGUUCAGCAGAUGACUUACAUGGACUGUUCUCAACCUUUGGAAGGGUUUUAGACUGUGAUAAAGUCAAAGCACGAUUAUGCUCAAAUGUCGGCUAUGCAUUUGUGCAUAUGGAGAGGAAGGAGGAUGCCCUGGCAGCUAUUGAAGCACUCAAUGGGACCAUGUUCAAGGGCCGUCAGCUGGCUGUAGAGCUGUCCAAAGCCCAACCUUUGAUCAACCAGAUUGUUACAAGUGGGAAUUCACCUGCAGGUGGCAGAGAGGGUCUUCUUCCCAGACCACCUCCAUCACUAGAGCAUCAUCAGAGUCAGGCAGCUGUGCUCGCUGCAGCUGCAGCCGCUGCUGCUGGACUGCCCAUACAAGUUCAGCAAAGUGUCCAUAAUUCGUUUUACAACACCACAUCGUUUGACCCCACCUACGCUGCUCUCAAGGGUAUCACAAGUGCUAAAGGUGCAGAUGGGGUCAUAUACGGGGCUCUUGCCAGCCAAGUGUAUGGAUCUGUUGCUGACCAGGUGUACCAAGAUAUGGCCAAUCACAAUACCGCAGCAACCGUAGCUGUUGAAGAGGUAGAGCCACAGACUGCACCAGAUCCAACAACACUGUUUGAGGCAGCGAGAGCCAAGUUCUUUCAGGAGGGACAGAAGGUUCUGGCAGAGCAGCAGGCAGGGAGAAAAGCAGCAGCGUCAGAAAAUGAGCGGGACCGCAGCCCGAUCAGAGGAAACCGAGCCCCUCUACUUCCUGACCCUGUUCCGGGUUCGUUCGCUCAGAUACGACCAAAGCGGCGCGCCCUUCUGCCGACACCACCUGGAGGACCUGAAGACACUGCAGCCGCCACCACAGCUCCUGAAGGGUCAGACCCUGUUGCUAGGUCUUACACAGAAUACUACCAGCAAAUGCAUCAAUACCAACAGUAUCAACAGUACCAGCAACAGUACCAGUACCUCCAGUAUGCCUACACAAAUCCUCCUCCGCCACCUCCUCCGCCUCCACCGGCCACCACACAGGCACAAGCAUCCACCACAGCCCCUGCACCCCCGGGGACUUACUCAGCACCCCCCUCAACAUACGCCGCGUCGGGAGCCUAUCCCCCUCCAGGGACGUACGACACUUCGGCAAGUUACAACGCCUCGUCCGGGAGCUACGACGCUUCAUCCGGGAACUACGACGCCUCGUCGGGAAGCUACGACGCCUCGGCAGGCUAUGACACGUCAGGAGGCUACGGAGCGUCAGGAGCUUAUGAUUCUUCAGGAGCUUACGCAGCAGCGGGAAGCUACUCCACAUCCACACCGUAUGAGCAGACACCCGCACACGGGCAACCCAUGCCCCAGCGCCAUGAUUACCCUUACCACACGCCAGAACCCCCUUAUCGAUAGUCCCACCCCCCACACGCUCCUUACACACUGCAGAUGUGUGUGUGUGUCUGUGUGCGCGCAUGUGUAUUUACAUAAGGGACAGUUUAAAGAGGAAACUCAGAGAGGGAGCAAAGUUGUAAUUCGAAUGUGCUUUAAAUUUGAAGCAUCCCCCCCUUUUGUUUAUUUCGGCUAACCUGAUCUGUAGUUUCUUCAUCACUGAAUGGCUACUGAGUUGAGUGGGUGAUUAUAUAAGUUGGCAAAGUUGCUGGACAAAUGGAGAUAAGGGGGCCAGAUAAUAUUGGAAUUCAGUCAAGCAUUCAUAGUUUCUGUUAUGAUGUGAUAGAGGCAUAGCUGGAUCCUUGUUGAAUGUUGACGAUGCUCAAACAUUGCCUGGGUCAAGGUUAGACUUCAAACACAGCAUUGGAUCUCUUCAGAGCAGCUUUUUUUGUGCUGGAACAAGGCCUUUUAUAUAUUCUCUAUAAAAAUGUGAGCAUAAUUUCCAUGCUGCAUAGUGAACUGUCCAGUCCAUUAUUUAUCACAGUAAAUCUUUAACUGCACCAUCGCACAUUUCAGGUUAGCCACAGAAUGAAAAAUACGGCUUAAUAAAUAGCAAAUUAGUAAGUUUAAUUGAUUAAAACAGAUGAACUGGCAUCCUGGCAAAAUUAGACUAUAUGGCCUUUGUUUUUUUCCCCAAAAACUAUUUAUUCUCUACAAACACAUACUCCUUAAUGAUGGCCAAUUUCAAAUAUAUACUCGUGUCAAGUUAUUGAUCUUUUUGGAGGCUGCAAUUUGUAGUGUUAUUAAGCUGUAUUGUAUUAUAAUGACAAAUGAUUAUUUUGCCCAGCAAUUUAUUUAUCAGUCAGAGUGGAUUAAAUAGUAGAAACAUCUCUCUGUAUAAUGCAGUACAGUUCUACAACACAACAAACUACAUCCUCCGUAAAAGGUCAUGAAGUAAAAUUAAACAUGCAGCAACAGAAACUGAACUUUUCCACCCUCAUAAAAGAAUUUAUUAGAAUUUAUUUAGAAUUUACUGCAGGACUGUUGAAUGAGACUGCAGUUUACCUGAUAAACUGGUGAGUGAGUGUGUCCAAGGUCACUCACUUGUAGUGGCUUAUGAAUACUUUUUUGCGGGGUAUAUAAUAGGCCUUGGUUUGACUUCAGUUGCAUUCAUCCUUUUGUAACAGCCUUUUCAUCCAGACUUUUGGUACAUGUGGUGCAUGGAACUCGACGAGAGAAAGCGGAACUACGGUGAAAAUAGGUAUGAGUGGUGCGUCAGACUGAUUUUAGUUGCUUUCACUGAAGAACCUUAAAUCUGUCACCAAAUGAGAAUGUGUUGCUAAAUUGAACAGAUUGUCUUACAAAUACGUUUCAGGUUGAUUUCCCUGAACUGAGAGGUUUAGAGCUAAACUAACAAUUCACUCUGAAAAUGAUGGAUCGUGGAGUUCUUCUGAUGUGGCAAAAAUCACAAAUUGACUUGGAAUUGAUGGUGUUCCUCUGAUUAUAGUGUAGCCCACUUAACUCUAGCACCGAGGGAUUUGGUUUUGGCACUUUUUUUUUGAGCUUACCUGUUUUUACAGUGAGAAGAUUGACUUUGGAGUAAACUUCUAAUCACACAAGUCUUCCUGGUAACUUGGGAGUGUUUGCUUGAGUUACCAUGAAUAUGACCACUGUGUGAUAAAGCAUGCUUGAAGCUUCUUUGUUGGGAAAGAAAGGCAAAUUUGAACUUGACACUGAUAACCACAGGGUGAAAAUACAGGGCACGUGUCGUCGGUGAUUAAAUUAACAUACACGAUGGGUUCUCUUGAAGUGAUUUCUCAUAAUUGACUUUUUUUUUCUUUUAAAGCCCAGGUUUUCUGUGUAUCUUGAUGUCUAGACAGAAAUCAAGAUGAAGCAUGAGUCCCAACCUCAGGAGUUAAAUAUAUCCUGUGACAGUUUUCGGUUAAAGGUUGCCUCUAAAAUGUCAGAACAAAAACUGAAGUCAUUUUCUUGUCAUUGAUAGUACUUUCUUUCUCUUUCAGUUUGGUGUUGAAUUGUCAUCAGAACAUUCUGUGUGAAAAGCAAGUUGAAUGCAUCCACAUCUUUCUCUAAUUUUAGGCAGAACCCAGCCAUUUGAUAGGAGAUGUGUUUUUGUUGGUUUUGUACAUAUGUGAGUUUAAAAGAGCCAGGAAGAAUGUCGGCAAGCAACGAGUGGCCAGUGAGCAUCACUUUUCAAUUGGUUUUUGACGUUUUUUAUCAUUAGCUUUUGUUUGAGUCUCAUGAGCUGCUGUCAUGUUUCUGCUCUUGUGGAAAUUAUUGUUGAUUUAGAGGGAAUGUUGAGCUAGUUUUCAAACCAGAAAAUGUACAAUUUGGUACUUGUGUAAAUACUUGAAACCUCAUUUGAAACUGAGAAAGUGAUGCCAACCAACUUCUGGUAAAAAAAAAAAAAAUAUUGACUGUUAAUCAUAAGAUGAAGUGAUUGUAUUUCUUGCUAAACAGUUGGAAACCAGAUGGAGAAGUACAAUUUAGUUGUUGUACCAAACUCUCUUGAGAAAGAGACAAGCAGUUUGUAUGUCUGAAAACGGUUAUCGUCAUGCUUGUAGCAUGCAGCGAGUGGAGCUGAGCCAUUGCGGCAUGAGUGUGUGAACAAAGCCUGCAGUUAAAUCCUCCAGUGAUUUGAAGUGGAUAGUUAAAAACUGGAGAAAAUGGCAAUUAACCAUUGGAACAGAGAAAAAGUAUGUGUAUUUUUUUGCCUAAAUGCAGUGCAGUGGCGCGUGGCUGGUGUGUAUACCGUAGUGUUAUUGUCCGAGUGGAUCUGAGGUGACACUUUUGGUGCUGCAGGUGAUAUGAAGGUUGUUUUGGAUUUUGUAAAGGCCGCUGAUUUUCUCGGGCAGCAGUGAUAAGGGCCGAUGACCUUUUCCUCUUCUCUCUUCUGAUCUUACCAGAAGCACACCUCAUUUUGAAUCAUGGCUUAGGAUUACUGCCUUCUCUGUAUUCAUAUCACACCCAGACAACUGUCCAACUCCACACUCCUGAUGUACUUUAGCUGGGUUCAUUGCAUUUUACUCAUUUAACGCAGGCUACACGUGCAAAUGAUACUAAUGCACACCUGAUUCCACCUGUAUUUUUAUAACUUACAGUAGUUGCUCUGAUGUGAUUGUACCACACAUUAGUUGCUCAUCUUGUUUUCUCAUUCGGCACCUGAUCUGACGGUGCCGUGUUAAGUGACACAUAGCCUCUCUACAUUUCCACAUUAUUCCACCUUCUCCAUGUGAACUGUUAGUUGCAUGCCUUGUUGUUGCUGCUGCUCCAGCCACCUUCUUCCUCUUGCUGAUUAUUGCAGCUAGAGUGGGAGGGAGCCAAACUGAGCCCUUGCCCUGGACGUACGCCACACGCAGCUGUAGCGUGGGAUGGGGAAAACAGCAGCGUUAGGCCUGAAACUGCUGUGGACGAUGGGGUGUCCCCCCACUAAGGUAAACACUCAGACCACACACUCCUGCCCCUCCCCGAAACACGCGUACACACUCACAAACACACGCAUACAGUACAAAUACAACCAUGUCCAUUACUUCUUAUUCCUUACCUGCCUUCAGGGAUUUUGAUUUGUCAGGAUUUUUGGAAAUGUAUCUCCCAUCUAUUUUUUCAGUGGGAGAUAAAACUUUGUCCUGCUUUUGAUUUUCCUGCCCCCCUACAUGUCUCCCCCCCUGCAAGCAUACUCUGCUCAUACAUUCCUGCUCCCAACGUGACCACUCACACAGUCUUUUGAGGACAUCUGACCACCGUUAGUCUAAAUCUGAACGCUUUCUGCAGCAGGCGUGUCGUCGUUAGUACAUCCAGUAUCAAACAGCCUGUCACUGAAGAGUACCAGGCAAUCACGGCCGAUCAGAGCUGGAUUCAGGACAUUUAGGUAGGACGGGUUGUUUUAGUUUUUGUAAAUGCGCCCCUGCGGCCACUUCGGGGUUAAGUGCCUUGCUUAAGAGCACACUGGUAGGCCCUCCAUUUCAGAGUUGAAUAACCUGGCUCAGGAUCGGUUGCUGGUUCAACGCUCGACUCCCAUUCUCCCCCCAAAACGAUUUUUGAUGCCACAUUCAACCUGUAUGAAUGACAAUGAACACAAAUACUACCAUGUUGUUUUAAAUUACAUUUUGUCCUAUGUUCUUUGAAAUGUUUAAUUAUCAAUAAAUGAAUUUCAACUGAAACGA